GGGUCUCAAGUCCAUCCUGGUUGGUCCAGGUCUCUGCCAUGUGGGUUGUAAAUAUUUGGAAUAUUACCCCUGGGCUGGAGCAGCCUUGAGACAUACUUGCCUCCCUGCCAGAGGCCAGACCAUGGCUCCCUGGCCUCCUGCACGCUGAGGAUGACGGCCCAGCCAGAGGACAAGGCCUCAGCAGGCCCCACGGACCAGGAGAGACUAAUCCCAUCACAGGCGAAUGGAGCUGGUGAGACCCCCUUAAGGGUCCUUGGGACCCCAGAGUCACUCCUUCGCCUUCAGAGGACAUGGGGGGUGUGGCAGAUCCCAGAGCUGGAUGCCCACAGUGCGAAAGCCCUUCUGGACCUGUGGCCACCAGGGAGUUUCCUGGUCAUCGGACAUGAUCCCGGACAGGUCCUGGUGUUGAAGACAGGACCUUCAUCAGGGGAAGUCAACACCUACCAGAUCCAGAAGCUUCCUGGAGGUGUGUGUCUGGAAUCCUCUAAGCUCUGCAUGCCAGAUCUGCCCCAUCUCCUGGCCUUCCUAUCAGCCAGCAGGGAUAUUUUGCCUAGAACAUUGCUCUUGCCCCCUCCUACCCUGGGGCCUGAAGACCAAAACACAGAUCCUCUGCAGAUUGACAGCAACCAACUCAACACCUCAAGGAGGGUGGUCUUCCUGGUGAACAAGCUUUACCUGGAGACCCACAGAGGAUGCGGGAUGGAGCAGACCCUGGCAGAGACAACUCCAGAGACUGCGGAGAGACACGGUCCAGCCCCCAGGAACCCAGCCCCUCACCGUGUCUCCUGGGUGGAAGGUCCGCUCAGCCCAGAGGAACACCAUCUUAGGCCAGCUCUGGCCAGCCUGGUGGAGGAGAAGGAGGAAAAGGAGGAGGAGGAUGACCAAGAUGAUGAAGAAGGACCUGAGGACAUGCUCACUCAGCAUGUCCGGGCUCUAGCCAGGGCCCGGAGCAGCUACGUGGCCAAGCAGUUCCGGGGCUUCCGGGCACGCCUCACCUCAGAUGCUGGGGGCCCCCACAGGCCUGGGGACCCCGCCACAGAGCUGCUUCAGGACGUCCGGCACCUCCUUACUGACCUCCAGGAUCAUUUAGCAAAGGAUCCCGAUGUCAGGGCUGUCUUCGAAAGCAGGGGGCCUGGGGCCCCCCAGAAGGAGGAGGAUCUAGGCCCCGCAGUGGAGGCGGCCUUGUACCGCGCGGUGCUGGCACCUCUGAAGCCCGCCCUGUGGAUGCGACUCCGCACGCUCCGCGCCUCACAGCUGCGGCAACUACGGCGGCGACAGGUAGCCCUGCGGGCGGAGGCGGGGCCUCCGGGAGCCCAGGGGGCGGGGCGUGAGAGGCGAAGCCCCGCCCCCGCCCUACGGAGCCGCAUUCAUGCGCGCCUGGCGCACCUCCACGCGGCCUGCGUCCCGCGCCGCAAGGUGUCGCUCCUGCUGGCGGUGUGCAGUGACGUCUACGAGGGUCUGGCUCGUGGGGAGAACCAAGAGCCCCUGGGGGCCGACGCAUUCCUGCCAGCGCUGACAGAGGAACUGAUCUGGAGUCCAGACAUUGGGGAGACGCAGCUGGACGUAGAGUUUCUCAUGGAGCUCCUGGAUCCGGACGAACUACGGGGAGAAGCUGGGUACUACCUGACCACGUGGUUUGGGGCGCUGUACCACAUUGCCCACUACGAGCCUGACACGGCCCGCGCGCCCAAGGGCCUCAGCUCUGAGGUCCGAGCCUCCCUGCGCCAGUGGCACCGCAGGCGGACCCUGCACAGACAGAGCCCUGCCGGGGACCAGGCCAAGCUGCCCUUUGAGGAACCAUGGGCGAUAGAGAUUAUGCAAGAGACCAACGAUGAUUAGAGAUCUCAGACCCUUCUGCCCCACAAGCAAGAUUCAGGAGGCAUCUGGGACAGCACCAACUUCUGACCCCUGUCAUUUAGAGGCAGGGGUUUCCAGGAAAAGGAAACAGGUCUGAGGAAAGACCUCUGAACUUUUACAUUGGCUGUUCCUGUUCCUGGCAUGCCAUUCCCCAUUAUCCACCUUGCUCCUUCCUUCCCUUCUUUCAGAUCCUUUAGGUAGACAUCACCUUCUUAGUGAGGCUCUCUCAGGCACUGCUGUCUAAAACUACAGCUUCUCUGACUGGAUCCUCCCUGAGGUAAACAGAAUAAUGCCCCUCCCAAGAUGUCCACCUGCUAAUACCCAUAAUCUGUGAAUAUUUUACCUCAAGUGGUAAAAGGGACUUCUGUCCAUUGGAUUUCCCAGGCAAGAAUACUGGAGUGGAUUGCCAUUCCCUUCUCCCAGAAAUCUUCCUGACCCAGGGAUCAGACCUGGGUGUCCUGCAUUGCAGGUGAAUUCUUUACCAUAAGCGCCACCAGAGAAGCCCAAGAGGGACUUUACUGAUGUGAUUAAAUUCAGGAUCUUGCGAUGGGGAGAUUAUCCUGGAUUCAGGUGGGCCCAGUGUAAAUCCCUUAUAAGAGGGAGGCAGGGAGAUCAGAGUCAGAGGAGGAGAUAUGAUGACGUGCUGUGGCUAGGAGCCAAAGAAUGUAGGCAUCCUCUAGAAGCUGGAAAAGACAAGGAAUGGAUUUUCCCCUGGAAUCUCAGAGGGCACUCAGCCUUU